UUCUCUUUUGACUUAUUUCUCAGCUCCCAUUCUUCUCAACUCUCAAAAUAUUUUUGGGUCAUUUUUUUAAAUGCAAACUUGAUUUACAGUUAUUUUCAAUUUCAAAUAGCAAGAAAUGGGGCUGGAGAUCUUGGACCCAAACACUUGCAUAAGAGGAUGCUGUAGCAGCAUUUCAAUCCCUCUUCAUCUUCCUCCUUCUUCCUACACUCUCCUCUCCCCAAUUGCCAGAGGAGCGGAGAGUGUUGUGUACGAAGCUGCUUUGGAUGGAAGAAAAGUUGCUGUCAAGAAACCAAUUUUAUCUACUUCUGAAGACUUAGACAAGUUCCAUAAGGAGUUGCAACUCUUAUGCAAGUUGGAUCAUCCGGGAUUGGCCAAAAUGGUGGCGGCGCACGCAAAGCCGCCCAAUUAUAUGUUUUUCUUUGAGUUCUACGAGUCUCGCAAUCUUUCAGAGAAAUUGCACGUGGAGGAGUGGAGUCCGAGUGUUGAUCAGGUGCUCAUGAUUGCAGUUCAGUUAGCAAAGGCUUUGCAAUAUCUGCAUGAUCUCGGAUUGUAACAGGGAUGUAAACCAGCAAAUGUUCUUCUUGACAGAAACCUUUGUCCACACCUGGCAGACUUGGUUGCAGAGUACCAGAGAAAUCUUAAAGCAGUUUCUAUUGAGAAUUGGAGAUCAUCUGGAAAGCCAACUGGUGGUUUCCAUAAAAAAUAUGGUUGGCACACUCAUUUAUAUGCACCUGAGAUAUUGAAGAAGGAGGUUCACACUGAAAAGUCAUGUCACAGCUUUGGAAUCUUGAUCAAUGAGCUUCUUACUGGUGUCGUCCCAUAUACCGAUCUUCGUGCAGAGGCUCAGGCCCACACUGUUCUGGAGAUGAACUAUACGGAGCAGCAACUUACUGCUGCUGUGGUUUCUGAGGGACUGCGACCUGUUCUUGCUGGUCUUGAGUGGGAUGUGCCUGCAAGUUUACUGUCAUUGAUACAAAGUUGUUGGGAUUCAAACCCUCAAAACAGACCUUAUUUUUCUGAUAUAGUUAAAGAACUUGAUCUAGUUUUGGAACAUAGAAAAAGUCUGAUGGAAGAAGAUCUGAUCACCGGCAAAACCUCUGUUUCUUAUGAUGAUAAGCUCAUGAAUGGUAUUGAUAGUGUGCCAACUUAUCAGGAGAGUAUUAACUGGUCUGUUCAAGGAGAAAAUUCCUCCAAGAGGGUUUCUCAUGCAGCUGAUUCUGAUACGAGAAUUUGGCUUGAAUCUGCAAAUGAUGCUUUGACUUACUUUCCUGUACUUUCUUGGGGGUCCUUUGCUACAUGUGGCAGAAGGGAGACUAUGGAGGAUACACACUUUCUCAUCCCCCGAAUGUGCAAAGAAAAGGACAUCCAUGUUUUUGGCAUCUUUGAUGGUCAUAGAGGCUCAGCAGCUGCUGAGUUUUCAGUUCGAGCUUUACCAGGAUUUUUGCAAAAUUUAGGUUCCACAAACAGCCCUGCUGAAGCCUUGCUGGAAGCAUUUGUUAGAACAGAUGUUGUGUUUAGAAAUGAACUCGAUUCUUGUCGUAAAUCCAAGAGAGUUGUUCAAAAAGAGUGGCAUCCUGGUUGUACUGCUGUUGCUGCUCUAAUAGUCAGAAACAGGCUUUUUAUUGCUAAUGCUGGUGACUGCAGGGCAAUUUUAUGUCGGAGUGGCCAUGCUCUUGCUUUAAGUAGGGAUCAUGUUGCAAGCUGUCUUGAGGAGAGGGAACGUGUUGUUAGUGCAGGUGGACAUGUUAAAUGGCAAGUUGAUACUUGGAGAGUUGGUCCUGCUGCACUCCAGGUCACUCGCUCUAUUGGUGAUGAUGAUCUGAAACCUGCUGUGACUGCUGAACCCGAGAUAACUGAAACUAUAUUGUCACCUGAGGAUGAAUUUCUGGUAAUGGCUAGCGAUGGGCUCUGGGAUGUUUUGAGCAAUGCAGAGGUUGUGAGCAUAAUCAGGGACACAGUUAAAGAGGCAGGAAUGUGCUCCAAGAGAUUGGCAACAGAAGCUGCGGAACGCGGCAGCAAAGACAACAUCACAGUCAUUGUUGUCUUCCUGAAGCCGGUAUCUACUGCUGAGAGAGUAUACUAAGUCAGAGUUACAUUGUUUCCACCUCUUAAUGCAAGUUUUCUGAGUAUUCAACUGAUGGGAAUGAGGGCCCUAAAUGUCAAGGGUAUGUAUAUUUUUUCUCUUUGCUUUAUUUAGUGAUUAGUAUAUUGUUUAUAUGUGUUGACUUCCUGCAUUUUGGGAAGAUUUGAACUUGUAAAUCUUAUUUGUUUCCAUUGAUUGAACAUGAAAAUAACUUCUUCCCAUUCUUUAUUAAUACUAUAUUACUCUUCAGAUAUUCAAUUGUUAAGAUGUUAACUACAA